AGCGCCCUCUUCCGCUGACGUGUCACCGCCUCAAACGCACAGCUUCAGCCCCCCCUCCCCUGCCGUCCAGCCAUCAGUUUAAUAAGUUUAUUUCGAAGCGGACGGGCUCUCGGCUAAAUAACGUUUUGCGCGCAGCGUAUAAAUGUAACUGUGCGGGACGCCGGUGCGAGGCAGGCGAAGCGAAGCGAGGUGAAGCGAGACGCUGAGGUGGGAGGACCCGCCGGAUGUGGAGCCCUCCGCCGCCCAGCGCGAGCGUCCCUCCGAGGCCGGAGACAGCGCGUGAGUCCCUUCCGGGAGCGAGCGCCUGUGCAGCGGGGAGCGCGCGCGGGGGGAACGCGGCGGAUCGGCGUGUGGACGUUUCGAGCGACGCUGCGGCAACAUUGUAGCGACGACCGGCGGCGGGAGGAAGCGAACAGAGCGCAAAGACGGCGGCAGCGGCAGCAGGAAAGCGCCAUGGCAGAGGAAUCCUCUCGGAGCACAGCAGCCGAGAUCCCCGUGACCAGCAACGGAGAUGCUGAGGAGGGCCACAAUGAGGUCUUCCAGAGGGACUUGUCCCACAGCGUCCCUGGUGUGAACUUAUCCGAAACUCGCAUCACUUCCAGUAGUUAUGGCGCGACUGCGGAAGGCAUCAUCGAGGCGGGACCAUAUAAAGGAUCUAGGAGUCAGCCGCAGACCCCGGUGGUCUCUCCCAGCGCCGCCGCCGCCGGCCGGCUGGCCCGCUCCGCCAGCGAGAGUCAGGCUGAGCCAGGGCCGACGUCUCCGCAGCCGAGGAGCGGCCCCGUGGUGAUGUCCGACGACCUGAAGAACCCGGCCAUGGAGAAGCUGGAACUUGUGCGCAAGUGGAGCAUCAAUACGUACAAAUGCACUAGGCAGAUCCUUUCGGAGAAGCUGGGCCGGGGCUCUCGGACCGUGGACCUAGAGCUGGAGGCCCAGAUCGAGGUGCUUCGCGACAACAAGCGCAAGUACGAGCACGUGGUGAAACUGGCGCAGACCCUGGCCACGCAGCUCUCGCAGAUGAUGCAGACGCAGCGGCAGUUGGGCGACGCCUUCACGGACCUCAGCCUCAAGUCCCCUGAGCUACGUGAGGAGUUUGGCUUUAAUGCUGAUACCCAAAAACUGCUGGCGAAAAAUGGAGAGACCUUACUAGGAGCCAUCAACUUCUUCAUCGCCAGCGUGAACACGCUAGUGGAAAAAACUAUUGAGGACACCAUGAUCAACAUCAAACAGUAUGAGACGGCCAGGGUUGAGUAUGACGCGUACCGCACUGACUUGGAGGAGCUCAACAUGGGCCCACGUGAUGCCAACACCGUCCCCAAAAUCGAGCAGUCGCAGCAGCAGUUCCAGAUCCACAGGGAGAAGUAUGAGAAGAUGCGCCAGGAUGUCUCCGUUAAGCUCAAGUUCCUGGAGGAGAACAAGGUGAAGGUUUUGCACAACCAGCUGAUCCUCUUCCACAAUGCCAUCGCGGCGUACUAUGCAGGGAACCAGCAGCAACUGGAGCAGACCCUCAAACAGUUCCACAUCAAGUUGAAAAUGCCUGGCACAGACACUCCCUCUUGGUUAGAGGAGCACUAAGAACCCCUGCCUGCCUACCACACCCUGGGUGCUUCAGAGUAGGGCCUGACCCAGGGGGUGUCUGGGAGAAAUGCUGGGGCAGCUCACUCCUUGCUGACCCCCUCCCCCCCUCACUGUGAGGUGGGCUUUGUCAUGCAAAAAAUAUUUAUAAACACUUUAUCCUGUCCUUGAACUCAAAUUUCCCUUUUAUACUUUCUGAUCAUAAUCCUAUCCGAGGAGAUGUUGUAAUCUGUGUUCAGGAGGGACAUGGGUCCACCCUGGUUUUACGAUAGCUUUCAGGGCAAGAGGUCCACUCCAGUCCUUCAUAUUGGAGGGCAUAUGGCAUGCACCUGUGUGGUGGCUGCUGUGAAUGGGUGGCUCACACCAGUAGAUAAUGGUCGUAGUCAGAAUGAGUGAUGCUCGUAAUUGUGUCCAGCCCAGAGCCGUCUGCGUGCCUGAUCGGGAGAGACGAGCUACACUGUGUAUCCCGCCAUUUCCUCUAAGAUCAUAUCAAUUGGGCUGCAAACCCUCUCUACCUGAUCCUGUACCUUUUUUGUCUUUUACUAUAUAAUCUCUGUUUUCCCUUAGAUUGCUAAUGGAUUGUUAAACAUUUUUGGGGCAAUUCCUGAUGGACAUGAGGACCAGCCUUAACAUGUGCCUUUUUUUUGAAAAGACGAGCCUUCGCUCCGUCUUGUGCUGAAAACGCAUGUCGUUCACACUGCCGGAAUGUUUUAAGGGCGGUGCCUGGACCAAAAAAUGAAGACCAGCAUAUACUAGUCACUUCUUCUUAAAACGUUCUCUGUAGAGCCACUUUUCCAGCCUCUCCUUCAUAGUUUUCUCUACACCUGUGUAUCCAAACUAAGUAGACACUUUGAUAAGUAAACCAAAUGGAGCUGAUGUCAAAAACCGUUUGUACAUGAGAAAGACCAGCGUGAUCCCUGCCUCAGCUGCUGAUAUUCUUCCUUUACUUAAUUGCUUUUUUCACUUAAGAGGGCCAGAGACUGAAAAGUCGGCCUCCGUGUGCGGUUUCUCUCUUCUUGCCGAUUGUAUGUACUUUAAAGAAGUGUAUAAGCAGCAUUAGAGGCUUGUGACCUUUGACUUUGUGUUUACUUGCAGAACUAUAUAAAUAUAGAUAUAUAUUUGUAAUUUCCUGUAUUUACCUUGGAUAUGAGUCCGUUCACUUUUGGGCAUUUUCCCCUCAAUCUUACGAGUGGAUUGUGCCUCUGUAACAGUGAGAUCUGUUGAGUUGCAAAAUCGGGCUUUGGAACGGUGUGUAACAUCUUGCAAGAACAGAACUAAUUAAACAUGGUUUCUUUUUUUCCUUCUUCGAAAA